AUGUACAUGGAGACCUUCCAUCAGCAGUUCUCAGUUUGGAGGGCAACUUUCCAGGAGGACAGACAGUAUCCUAGGAAGAAAAAGAAGCGCAAAAACCCCAGGAAGAGCUCCACGCCUGCUUGCUACGGGGGUGUCUCUCAUGGGACACUUCAGAGCGCAUUGUUCCAAGCAGAUAAUACUUGUUCAUGCAGUCAGAGUGUGGAAUGCAGACACUAUAGAAAGCUAAAAAGAAACCUCAAACACUGCAAAAGUAUUGCAUGCUAUUACUAUGGUACUGUAGCCAAGCAGACCACCACUGAAUGGCUCGAGACAGUGUCUCAUUCUUUAUUUGUAUGUUCCCAGCAGAAAGAGCUCACAUCAAAGAAGAGAGAUGAGUUUGAAGAUAUCUUGGAGGAAAGACGAUUGUCCAGCGACUUGAGAUACGCGAUGAAAUGUUAUACUCCUGUGAUCUACAAAGGACUUUCACCUUGCAAGCCAAACACUAUUAAAAGUGCUGUUCUCCAGUCAGAGCAAGUUCAAUAUGUUAUCAAGCAGUUAGCAAAAGAGAUGGGAGAAUCACCUGAUAUUAUUCAAGAAGAAGCCAUGGAAAUCCUGGAUGAGAUGGGCCACAGUAUGCAAUUAGGAGCUGUCAGAUUUUUUGCCUUUACUCUGAGCAAAAUAUUUAAACGGCUUUUCCAGAGAGUUUGUGUGAAUGAAGAAGGAAUGCAGAGAUUGCAACAUGCCAUUCAGGAGCAUCCAGUUGUACUGCUGCCCAGUCACCGAAGCUAUGUGGACUUUUUGAUGCUGUCUUAUUUGCUAUAUACAUAUGACUUGGCUUUGCCUGUCAUUGCUGCAGGAAUAGAUUUCCUAGGAAUGAAAAUAGUUGGUGAGCUGCUACGAAGGGCAGGUGCCUUUUUUAUGCGACGUUCCUUUGGCGGGAACAGACUCUACUGGGCAGUGUUUGCUGAAUAUGUAAAAACAAUGUUAAGGAGUGGCUAUGCCCCAAUUGAAUUUUUUCUUGAAGGAACUAGAAGCCGCACCGCCAAGACUCUGACUCCAAAGUUUGGUCUUCUCAGCAUUGUGAUGGAACCAUUUUUUAAACGUGAAGUCUUUGACACAUACCUUGUUCCCAUCAGCAUCAGCUACGAGAGGAUAUUAGAAGAAUCUCUCUAUGCAUAUGAACUCCUAGGAGUCCCAAAGCCCAAAGAAUCUACAUCUGGGUUGUUAAAAGCCAGAAGAAUUCUCAGUGACAAUUUUGGUACCAUACAUAUCUACGUUGGCCAGCCGGUAUCACUUAGAACCUUGGCAUCUGGGAGAAUCAAUCGGUGCCCAUACAAUUUGGUUCCCAGGCACCUUCCCCAAAAGCCAUCUGAGGAUAUCCAAGAAUUUGUCAGUGAUGUAGCUUAUAAAAUGGAGCUCCUGCAAAUAGAAAACAUGGUUUUGAGCCCGUGGGUGCUGGCCGCUGCUGUCCUGCUCCAGAAUUUGCCUGCCAUGGAUUUUGAACUUCUACUAGAAAAGACCCUGUGGCUUAAAGGCUUAACACAGACUUUUGGAGGAUUCAUUGAAUGGCCUGAUAACCUGUGUGCCAAAAAAGCAGUCAUGUCUGGCCUCACCCUGCAUUCCAACAUUGCUUGCCUUGUCGAUGGCCACGUGGUCCUAAAUGACAAAGGAGUGGAAGAUGGAGCCGUAGGGGAAAUCGUCUUUAAGCGUGCUCUGGCCAUCCUCAUGUGUGCCACCUACAGAAACCAACUGCUCAACGUGUUUGUGCGUCCAUCUCUGGUGGCGGUUGCCUUGCAGAUGACACGCAGCUUCAGAAAAGAGGAAGUCUAUAGCUGCUUCAACUUCUUGAGAGAUGUUUUUUCUGAUGAGUUCAUCUUCUUUCCUGGCAUUUCACUGAAGGAUUUUGAGGAAGGAUGUUUUCUACUCACAAAAUGUGAUGCCAUUCACACAACUCAACAGGAAAUCUACCCUACUGACAAAGGAAGUGUUAUAGUAUCUUUCUUGUCAGCUAUGUUCAGACCUUUUGUAGAAGGUUAUCAGUUAAUUUUCAGAUACCUCUCAAAGGAAACAAAAGAAGCCUUUACUGAGAAGCAGUUUAUACCUGCAGUUCGCAACUUUGUUUUUCAACUUCUCGAGAAGGGGAAUAUGCAGUGUUACGAAGCACUAUCUUCUGACAUGCAGAAAAAUGCCUUAGCAGCUCUUGUGCAACUAGGUGCAGUGAAGAAGAAGAAAAUGUCCAAUGGAUUCACCUACAAUGUAAAUCAAGAGGCUGUUAAUAAAAUCCUGGACAUGUUUGACGCCAGGAUACCUGUACAGAAGCCUGUGGCUGCACGACUUUAA